UUUUAACAUAUUUUUUUUGUUUAAACUAAAUUUCCAAGUUGACCGAUUCUGUUAGUUCAGUUUUUGACCAAAUUUUAAUGGAUUUUUUGUUUAAACUAGAUUUGCUAAAUGACUGAUUCUGUUAAUCUGAUUAAAUUGAUCAGUUGGAUAUUUCGUUACAAUUGUAAUAAUAUUCUCUCAGCUUAAAUUAAAAUGUAUGAAUAAAAUUAGUUAAAAUUUUUAUCGUGCCGAAACAAUCUAAUUUUAUGUAGGAUAUCAUCAUUAGUAUCAUUGUAUGAAGGAAAGAGCUUUGUCGAUCGCUCAAGUGGUUCUAUAUAGCUCGAGCAUGUGAUUACUUCCGAUAGAAGAAUAUCUAUGUUUUGAAAAUGAUACUAAUAAAAAAUCACUCAGACAAAUUUAAUUUAAAUUAGGUUCGUUCCUUUUAGUUGCAAAAAAAAAAAGCCUCAAAGCAAACUAAUUAUAUCGAAUAUGUUUGCAAAAAUGAGCAGAUUUAUUUGUAGGAAAGUGGUUAAUAUAUUUCAGACAUUAUCCUUUUGUCCAAGUAAUGCGACACAAUCAUUGUAUUCCACGUCUUAAUUUCGGACAAAAUGUUCUUUCCUCAUUGUUUUCAUAUUGUCCUUGAUCAACGCUUCCAUCUUGUUUUGUUCAUAAAGCACAAUAAUAUGUAUCCUUGUUUAUAUCAAUUAUCAAAUGUUUUAUUCCAUAUUCUUAGCAUAUGCGUAAUAGAACAACUUUUCACCUAGUUUUGAACAUCAAGAACCUACUAUGUUCCAUAUACAUAUAUAAAUAUACCUUCCCAACAGCUUUGUUUCUUCAAUGCCAAAACUCAAACCAAACAAAUAGUCAACAAAUUAUAUUGUUCACAUAAUAAUUUGAUUAAGCAAUAAUGGAACAUGGCAAGAGCAAAUUCCUUCUUUCCUUUUCCCUUGCAAUAUGUUUGAUGUUCUUGCUUAGUCCCACUAAUGCUGAGAACAAAACUGAACCAAGGAGAAAUGCCAAUCUGAGCCCCUUUGAGAGUUGGAGGAGCGCAUACUUCUGUAUUAUGAAUAAUCAUUCAGAAGCUUGCGCUCAACAUAACACGUUGACAUUCAACGGUACAGUAUUUGUGAACCAAAAUGAAAUCGUUGACUACUGCAUUGGUGGAUGUGCUCAACACACCCUUGACGUCAUCAGCUGCGUCCGUGACGUCAAGCCUCAUGGCUUCAAAUUUGAGACCGGUGCUUCCCUCUCCUUCGUUCAAAACGCCAUUCAAACUGCUUGCAAUCAACAUACAGCUUUGAAUACAUCUUACACUAAACCCAACGGUGCCACAAGUUUGUAUGGGAGAUUAUACAUGCCACUUGUUUCAGCACUAACAACAUUGGCCUUCAUUUCCACCUUCAAUAUGUGAUACUCUUUUCAAAGCCAUAUCUAGAGUGGAGUAAAAGGGGCAGAAUAUGAAAUGCAAAGAAGCUACGUAAAAAAAUAAUAAAAUAAGCUUCCACAUAGAUAUUGCAGGGUGCCAAGAGUCUUGAUUAAUGUUAUUC